CAAGUUUUCGUCUAUACCCUGGUUCGUUGAUGAUAACCGGUUAUAUGACCAUUGGAUAAGAUUUGAAAUGUAUUUUGUGAUACUACUGCGACACGGCCGAUAAGCGUUAUCGGGAGUGUUGUACUUUUAUGGUACCAACUAAUAUAUAAGCCCGGUUGAAGACCAGCUGUAAAGCUUGUUAUAGCCAAUUCAUCAACGAAGACAAACUACUGACAGACUGUUUACAAGCUAGCGAAAUAUUACAAAACCGUGCGCAACAUUCAAAAUUGUCCAAUAAUUAAUGGUUAAUGGUUUCAUAGUUUAAUACGUAUAUUAUAAAUUAUUUAUUCGUACUACGUAAAUUGUCAAUAAAAGUUCGAUCAAAUGUUGCUUGUACCGAUUAGAAAUAUAUUGGCUUUCCAAACUAGAUCAUUAUGUUGUGUUGCUAUAAAAUCUAAUAACCUAAUGUAUAAUAAAAACUUUGUAAUUUCUAAACGUUAUGCUGUCACAGACUUUGUUGGUGUUAGUACUAAAAGUAAGAUUUCUGAAUUUAUUGACAGAUUUAAAAUAAUGAACCCACUAAAUAAAUCAAGAUUAGAAGCAAACAGUUGGAUUUUAUAUGAAAAAUUGGUUGAUCAAAUUCCUUUUGAUGAUAUCAUGACAAAACUUAACUUACCAGAUACAUUCAAUUCAUGGUUUAUUAUAACAGAACUUCACUUAUGGAUGAUAUUUGUUCGUUUAAUGAAUGAAGGUACAAAAGGAGCAAUGAUUAGAAAUUUUAUCAUGGAAGCAUUAUGGAAUGAUGUUGAGUUUCGUUCUAAAAAAUUAGCAAUUGUAAAUGCAGAUGUUCGGCAUCGUCAAUUAAAGGAAUUGAGUGAUCAACUACGAGGAGCAUUAGUAGGUUAUGAUGAAGGAUGGCUCAGUAAUGAUAUGGUCUUAGCCAGUAUGGUAUGGCGUAGAGUAUUCAAUAAAGAAUGUAAUGACCCAGAACAAAUUGAAUUAGUAGUGAAGUAUAUUAGGAAACAGAUGUCCAUUCUUCAAUUGCAAACAUUUGAUAGUUUAUUUACAAAAAAAGAUGUCAAAUGGAUAAAAUUUGUAUAGAAGUAUUGUAAAAAGAAAAACGGUAUAUAUU